UAUCCGUCUGCUAGAGUCACAACAAAAUUAUAAUUUUGUGCAUUAUGGCAUAUGGAAUGCUGUUGAAAAAUGGCCUCCAGUGAACAUGAAAUCAGUGAUUUUUGUGAUAUAUCUCUAAACCCAUCUGUCACAAAAGCUUGUCCUUAAAACUAUUAACCUACACUCUAACACUAACACUCGUUACCAAUGACGAUGUUGACAAGUGAGUCUGAUGAUGACCGCCAGGUUCAUUAUUCCAAGCAAAUACAAAAACCUGCAGCCAAUGAAGAAGAGUCAUUGCUACCAGGUGGCAGGGGUAGUGCAGAUAUGGGCACUUCAUCAUGGGGACAAGUAAAGAAUUUCUUCACACACAGCUCAGACUACCCAAAGACAGUGUUCCUGAUUUUGUGGACUGAGUUUUGUGAAAGGUUUAACUACUAUGGGAUGAGAACAAUUCUAGUCAUCUACCUGACAGAAUGGUUAGAGCUUCCAUACUACACAGGUGUUUCUGUGUAUCAUUUCUUUAGCAUGUUGGCCUAUUUCUCACCAAUUUUGGGAGCAAUAAUAGCUGAUGGUUACCUUGGGAGAUACAAAACAAUCUUUUACAUCUCAAUCUUGUAUGCAAUAGGAACACUGAUUCUUUCCUUGACAGCAUUCCCACCACCAGAGAUCUAUGGCCCUGUAAUUGGUCUCCUGUUGAUAAGCAUUGGAACUGGAGGCAUUAAGCCAUGUGUUUCAGCAUUUGGUGGUGAUCAGUUCUCAUCACAUCAGGAAAAUGAAAGGCUGUCUUUCUUCUCAACAUUUUACUUUAUGAUAAAUUUAGGGAGUACAUUGUCUACAUUUAUUACCCCUAUAUUAAGAGCUGAUGUUCAUUGCUACAGAAAUGCUUGCUACCCCCUGGCAUUUGGUGUGCCAACUAUCUUGAUGAUCUUAUCCAUUGUGAUUUUUGUCUGUGGAAGAAAGCACUACAAGCAGAUUCCCCCAACAGGGAAUUUGGUUGGCAGAGUGUCUCGUUGUGUCUGGCAUGGACUAAAGCUAAGAAUCAGAAAUGGAAAGAAUGAAGAGCGAGACCAUCACUGGCUAAAUCAUGCCACAGAUACAUUUGAAGAAGACUUUGUAGAGGAUGUGAAGUCUUUGCUGAAAGUGUUGUUUCUAUUUCUGCCACUUCCUAUCUUCUGGGCACUCUUCAACCAGCAGGGGUCAAGAUGGACUUUACAAGCUGUAGAAAUGAAUGGGGAAGUGGGCAGUUUGGGGAGAAUAAAACCUGAUCAGAUGCAGGUUUUGAACCCACUUCUUAUCCUCAUCCUGAUUCCUGUCUUUGACAAAUUGGUCUACCCUUGUCUUACCAAGAUUCACAUUCCAAACAGACCUCUACAACGUAUGUCGGCAGGGAUGGCCCUGUCUUGUCUUGCUUUUAUCGUUGCUGGUUGUGUUCAGCUUAAAAUGGAUAGUGCUAAAGACCCUCACUUGGAUGGAAAUAGUGCUGUAACCUUCAUCAACACUGCCAAUUGCCCUGUUAGCAUCAAGUCAAGUUUUUAUAUUGCUACAGUUCCAGCACAUGAGGCAUCAUCGUACAUCCUGUUUAGCCCAGGUAACUACACCUUGUCUAUCAACUGUGAACCCAGUGGUAAACCUACUCAACUUCUGCUGACCACAGAAAAACACAUAGCUUACAGAGCUAUCAUCAAAGUGGAUGCUUCAGACAGUGACAGACUUACUAUUUUACAGUUUGAAGACAAAAGGAAGAAAGAUAUGGAUGGAAAAGCUAUUGUCAGCCUGAUAGCCAACUUCCCAGUAGAAGCCAACACUACAGUCAUCUUCAGCCAACAGAAAAACAAUGUUUCCAUCAUCCCAGGGAGCUUGAACAUUUCCCUCCACGAUGAUGGGGAUUCUGAUUUUACUUCAGUUGAGCCCGGGCACUACCAGUUGUUUGUGUUUCACAAGACAGCAAGCAGCAGUGAGCUGGUCCCUGUAGAGCCAGUCUUAAGUUUUGGUGGGGGAUCUGUUCAGACUAUUGUUUUGUUACCUGAAGAGACAAAAACAAAUCUGCCCACACAGGUUUCUGCCCUAAUAUUUACUUCUGUCAGAGAGAAUGACCUUACUAUGGCCUGGAUGAUACCUCAGUAUGUUUUGAUCACCAUUGGGGAAAUUUUGUUCUCCAUUACUGGCUUAUCGUUUGCUUACAGUCAGGCUCCCCCCUCUAUGAAAUCAGUACUUCAAGCUGCUUGGCUUUUAACUGUGGCAUUUGGUGACCUGGUGGUCAUCAUUGUAGCAGAAACUCAAAUUAUGCCCACACAAUCUUCUGAAUUCUUCAUGUUUGCUGGUCUGAUGGCGCUGGACACUCUGUUAUUCAUAGUCAUGGCCUACUUUUACAAGAAUGGAUCAUCAAGCCGUGCACUGGACAUGGAGGCGGACACUGUUACAUUAGUCAAGUCAGACCCCUUGACUAAAGAAUUCAGUGACGCCAAAAAAGAUUAAAACUGCAAUCUAGUUAUAGAAUUCAAAGUCAAGGUUUUUUCUGUAGUUUAAUCUUGUCUUGUGGUUAAAGUUUUUCUGUGGCAAAAUUAAGUUCCAAGUGGUUGUGAUACAUUUUAAUUUCGAGAUGAAAAUAUUUUUUUUAAAGAUGGACCACAGCUUUUAUUAUUUCCCUGAGCCUGAUUAUGUGUCAUGGUUCUCCUUAUUUGGUUGUAUUGAAAGCUCUUUAUUUUAUAUUUAUGAAAUGUAAAUGCAUUGAGAUUAUAAACAGUUUAUACAACUCCAGAUGGCUAUCAACUAAUUCUCAAUAGGAAAAUUUGACAUUUUUAACUUUGUCUACUUAUUUGAUAAAUUUUUAAAUAUUAAAAUAGAGAUAUAAGUUUUGCUUUAUAGAGCAAUUUUUUUCAAAAAAUUUUUAGUGCAAUUCUUACAUGAUAUUAAUUGCAUGAAAAUGGUAUGUUUCAUCACAACUAUAACACAGGGUUUAUUUUCUAUUACCUGUAUUGUUGUUUGUUUCUACUCUGUAGUAAUCUCAACCUCUAAUGUGAUAUUCAUUUUUUUGCUGUAAAUUUUUUCUAGGCGACUGGGUUUAUUGAUCUAUAUUUUUUAAUUCUUUUUUAAGGACUCUAAUUCGUUUU